AUGUCUCCCUUCUAUUCCAUUCUGUCCGUCUGGAAGCCUCUCACCACCACCACCCUCCUCAUCCUCUCUACCCUCCUCACUGCACCUCUUGUCACUGCAAACCCAACCUGCACCAACCUCCGCAUUCCCCUCACCGCUACCGCCUCCAACGAAGUCUUCCCCAUUCCCGUAGGCCUCAACUACAGCAACCCCGCCGCCGUCUCGGCCUUUGUUCAAACCGUCCUUGGCGACGCAGGCACAGCAUACCCUCUCAUCCCAACAACCUUCACCGGCAUCGUUGCAGCGCGCUAUUGCGAGCCCGAGGUCACGAUUGCGAAUCGCAGUGAUGUGGUUCAGCUUUUCAUGUCUGGCGUUACGGAAAACAAUCUUUAUUGGUUUGGAUUAGGGUAUCCGAACGGAUACGAUGGUAAUGAGUACUCGACAGUGGAUUAUGCGUCGAAGCAGGGCUAUCCGACGCUAGCGAUUGAUAGAAUCGGGGUGGGAAACUCGACACAUCCGGACCCGAUUCUGCAGCAGCAGGUUAAUCUCGAAGAAGCGGUCUCACACCAGCUCGUCACCAUGCUGAAAGCCGGCACAGCGGUACCUGGCAAGACAUUCAACCGCAUCAUCUUCGUCGGCCACUCCUACGGCUCCAUCCUCGGCAACGCCCAAGCCACCAACCACCCAGGCGACAUCUCCGCCUUCAUCCUCACGGGCUACGGCGUCUCCAUCAUCCCCGUCGCCGCCGACCUCCCGCAAACGGUCCCCUUCCCCGCCACCCUCUACGCCCCCCGCUUCGCCGGCUUCGCGCCCGGCUACCUCGUCACCUCGUCCGAAGCCGGCCGCCGCGCCUACCUGUGGGGCAAACCGGGCUCGUACGACGAGGGCAUCUUCGAAAUGGACUACGACGACGAAGACGUCGUGGGGCUGGGCGAGCUGCUGAGCAUCGACGGCGGGCUGAAAGAAGCGCCCGCGUCGACGGCGCCGGUGUACAUCAUCACGGGCGACAGCGACGACGUCUUCUGCCUGGCCGCGACCUGCGGUGACGGGCCGAGCAGUCCGCAGGCGCAGGCUUGUGCUUUGUUCCCCAAGGCGGAGACCUGUGAGUAUUUCAUCCCCGUGGGCACGGGGCACAUGAUCAGUUUGCAUUAUUCGGCGCAAACGAGCUUUCAGAAGUAUCAUGCCUUUUUGGCGUCGGUGGGGUUUUGA